AUGUCUGGAGAAUCCGCCACCGCUAUUCACAAGGGUCAAGUUGAUCUCUUAGGCUUCAUAGAUUGGAUUGGUGUUGAAUGCCUCAAUCAAAGCACCACUCUCUCUGUUUCCAGUGCUAUCAAACAGGGUUAUAGAGAAGAUAAAGGUUUUCAUCUAGAAAUUGAUGCAUAUGAACAGUUUUUGCUUUAUAUUGCUUUCACCCAAGUUAUUAAACUUUAUUCCAUUAUUGUCAAAGGUCCUGAAGAUAAAGGAGGUGCUGAAAGGGAACAAGGAUUACUUCAGAUACUGACUGAGAUGGACGGAUUCAAAGUUUCCACAGCACAGGUGCUUGUGAUAGGUGCUACAAAUAGAUUGGAUAUUAUUGAUCCUGCUCUUUUGAGGAAGGGUCGUUUCGACAAGAUCAUUAGAGUUGGUUUGCCUUUAAGAGAUGGAAGACUUGCCAUUUUGAAGGUGCAUGCUAUGAAUAAGUAUUUUCGCUCAGAAGAAGAAAAAGAUACUCUGCUUAACGAAAUUGCAGAGCUAACAGAAGAUUUUACUGGGGCAGAGCUGCAGAAUAUACUGAACGAAGCUGGAAUUUUAACGGCCAGGAAGGAUUUGGAUUAUAUUGGGCGUGACGAGUUGCUUGAGGCAUUAAAAAGGCAAAAAGGAACAUUUGAAACAGGGCAAGAGGACACUACAGAAAUUCCUGAAGAAUUGAGACUGAGAUUGGCAUAUAGAGAAGCAGCUGUUGCUGUUAUUGCAUGUUAUUUUCCUGAGCCACUCCGCCCUUUUGUUUAG